AUGGUGAAAAAAUAUGAAAUGAGUGAUAUAGAACUGUUACAUCACUUUCUUAGUAUUGAAAUUUAUCAAGGUGAUGAUGGUGUAUUCAUUUGUCAAAGUAAGUAUGAUGAAAAAGUUUUCAAAAAAGUCAGAAUAUUUGGAUGUAAACCUGUAGCUACUCCACUGGUUGUCAAUGAGAAAUUAAUGAAGGAAGAUGGUGGUAAGAAGGUGGAUGAAACAUUUUAUAGAAGCUUGGUUGGAAACUUAUUUUAUCUCACUGCUACAAGAUCAGACAUCAUGUUUAUUGCAAGUUUACUGUCCAGAUUUAUGAUCAAUCCCAAUCACAUUCAUUUUGUAAUUAUAAAAAGAGUGUUAAGGUAUGUACAAUGCACCAUGGAUUAUGGAAUUAAAUAUGACAAAGGAAAUGAAGUGAGAUUGAUUGGCUUUUGUGACAAUGAUUGGGGAGGAUGUGCUGAUGACAUGAAGAACACCUCUGGUUAUUGUUUUUCUAUUGGUGGUGGUGUGUUUUCUUGGUGCUUAAAGAAGCAAAAAUCAGUGGCUCAAUCUUCAACAGAAGCAGAGUAUGUUUCAGCUUCAAUGGCAACAUCUCAAACAAUUUGGCUUAGGAGAAUUACGGAAGAUAUUAGUGAGAAGCAAGAGAAUGCUAUGGUGAUCCAUUGUAACAAAAAAUCUGCCAUUACUAUGUCAAAGAACCUUUGUUAUCAUCGCAGAACCAAGAAAAUUGCUCUCAAACAUCACUUCAUUCGAGAUGCCACUGAACAUGGAGAAUAUGAACUAGUGUAUUGCAGGACUCGAGCAAUUAGCUGA